GUGCUCGGGGUGUGUCGUCACUCGCAGUGGACGGCGGCGCAGCUCUGUGACUGAACACAACGUUGGAGCAACGUGCGCUUCAGCAGCAGCAGCAGCAGCUCCUGCAGUCUGAACACAGAAUACACAGCUCCACACUGUUCACUAACAGCGCUACAAGAGAAUAAACGGAAUGGCGCUAAAUAAAUCAAUGCAUCCCCGAAACCGAUACAAGGACAAGCCUCCAAACUUCGCGUAUCUGGCCUCCAAAUAUCCUGAUUUCCAGAAGCAUGUUCAGACUAACCUGGUCGGCGGGGUGAUGUUGAACUUUAAGGACCCUGAGGCGGUCCGUGCUCUGACCUGCACUCUGCUGAAAGAGGAUUUUGGCCUGACGAUAGAGAUUCCUCUGGAGCGCCUCAUCCCCACCGUCCCACUGCGCCUCAACUACAUCCACUGGGUGGAGGACCUGACCGGGGGCCAGGGCAGCCCUCGCAGGGGCAUCGACAUCGGUACUGGUGCUUCCUGUAUCUAUCCCCUGCUGGGAGCAUCAAUGAAUGGUUGGUACUUUCUCGCCACAGAGGUGGAUGACAUCUGUUAUAAUUACGCCAAGAAGAACGUUGAACAGAACAACAUGGCAGACCUCAUUAAAGUGGUGAAGGUGCCCCAGAAGACCUUGCUGAUGGAUGCAUUAAAGGAGGAGUCUAUUGUCUAUGACUUCUGCAUGUGUAAUCCUCCUUUCUUCGCUAACCAAUUAGAGGCUAAGGGGGUGAACUCCCGGAACUCUAGGAGACCCCCGCCCAGCUCUAUUAACACGGGGGGAGUGACUGAGAUCAUGGCUGAAGGAGGUGAGCUGGAGUUUGUGAAAAGGAUCAUCCAUGACAGUCUGCAGCUGAAGAAGAGGCUCAGGUGGUACAGCUGCAUGCUGGGGAAGAAGUGCAGCCUGGCACCUUUGAAGGAGGAGCUGAGGAAACAAGGGGUCCCCAAAGUCACGCACACAGAGUUCUGUCAGGGGCGAACAAUGCGCUGGGCCUUGGCCUGGAGCUUCUACGAGGACGUGAGUGUACCGUCUCCCCCCUGUAAGAAGCGUAAGCUGGAGAAGACUCGGAAGCCGCUGUCCUUCACUGUUCCAGGACCCACUGCAGUUGAGCUACACAGCCAGAUCUCCAGCAUCAGCUCCACACCAACACAGACCCCCUCAGAGAGCAUCACUGUCUGGCUGGAGAAGAUCCUCACAGACCUGAAGGUGUUACACAAGCGUGUGCCCUGCAGCGAGAAUGAGCUGAGCCUCUUCCUCACAGCUGUGGAGAACACCUGGAUCCACGCCCGUCAGAAACGAAGGGAGCGCGGCCGUCAGCUACGCGAGGUGCCCAGAGCACAGCCCCAGACUGCCCCCAGCCUGACUCCCGACACAUCUUCAGACCCAGCUCCAGCUCCAGACCUGGUCUCGGACCCGGAACUGGCCACUGACACUGCUCCGGCAGGGACAGCAGAAGACAGCACUGAACCCUACAGCGAUGGAAAAGAAACUAAAGAACAGAAGGACACUGAGAGUGGUACAGAUAUAAUAAUGGAGGCAUCCAACAUAGAGGAGCCAAAACAGGAAUCCAGUUCCCCACAGGACCCUCCAAGCCCCAGCACAGCCCAUCACUUCCUCUUUAAAUGCCUGGUAAAUGUGAAAGCAGAAGAAACUGACGUUUCUGUGGAGAUGCACUGGGUGGAAGGGCAGAAUAAAGACCUGAUGAACCAGCUGUGCACAUGCCUGAAAAACACACUCUUUCGCCAGGUCACCAAACCCACAUCACCCUGAUGUAGUCCUCCAGUCACAUCCUCCCCUGUGCCGGCGGUAUGCAGUAGAAGAACUACUGCAUACUGACUCUAAAGAGAAGCCCACUCUCUGAGCUAUGAGCCAUACUUAAGUUUUGUAAGUGUGAUUAAGUGGCUGAGACAGCAGUUUUGAUUGAGUUUAUUAGUGAUUGAUUGGCUUUAUUACGUUUGUUAUAAAUGUUUUAAUUAUGUCUGUUGUUCAGCAUAUUUCUUUCAUUAAUAAUUAAACAUAAUUCAAAAUCUA